AUGAAAGCCUUCCUUUUGUUGCUUUUGGUGCCGGCGUUCGCGUCCGCGCAGAACGCUGUCAUCGGAUAUCCCCCUGACGGGCACAGCGUUUCUCCAGGGGACAACCUCACAGUCCAGAUCCAACGUCCGAACACGCUCACCAGCUCUGAAGAAGUUGCAGUCGUGAUCGGUCUCCAAACUUGCGCAGCGUCCGGCGGGGUCUGCGCGUCACCUGAAUACAUGAUGGGUCAGAUCCUGUAUAAUGGGCCCUUCGAUCCACAGUACCGCGACCCGACGAGCGCGCCGUAUGAAAAUUUUACGGUGCAGAUUCCAAGUGCCAUGGAGAAGGGCUUAGCUCAGAUCGGGGUGUUCCAUUUGACAUUGAUUGCGGCAGGUCUAUUCCCGAUGAUGGAGGUCCUGAACAAGUCAAUCACAGUGACGUAA